GAAAAAAUAAUAUAUGAAAUUUGAGAGAUCUUCCAGAUGAGAUGGAGAUGGCAAUAUGAUAUAUUAAGUUUUACGAUAAUUAUUUUUUAAAUCAUGAAGAAAAGAUUUAUUUUAUUCCUUUGGAUUUCGGUGGUUUCUUCUGCAUGUCCACGGGGUAUAUUUCCGUGCAAAUGCAAACCAGCUAAAAUCAAUUCUGAAGUUACUUGCUCCGGUUUAGAAACCAUUAAAGAUUUGAAAAAAAUACUUGAAAAUCUAAAAAAUGAACCAAUAGAAUAUUUUCUUUUAAAUAAAUCAAAAUUUAAAGAAGUUCCGGUCGAAAUUUUCUCAGGCAAUACCAUAACAACUCUUAACGUAUCCAAUAGCAAAUUUCAAGCUCUUGUCGGAACGAAACCUAUAUUUUCCGGAUUAGAAAAUUCUUUAAAAAAUUUAACGCUUUAUAAUUGUUUUGAUACUUCUACAAUUAAAAGUAUAACCUUCAAUCAUUUGAAGGAAUUGAAGAUUUUGUCGUUAACAAAAAACAGAAUAGAUAUAAUUGAAAACGAUUGGUUCGAUAGUGGACCAUACGGUCUUGAAGAACUAACUAUUGAAAGCACAGGAGGAACAAUAUUAGGAAGCAGAGCAUUCUUUUCUCUCAUCAACUUGAAAGAAAUUUAUUUAGAUGAUAUGAAACUGUCUUCUGUACAACGUAAAAUGUUCCCGAUACCUGCCAAAUAUUUAAAACUUUUACGCAUGAGUCAUAAUGAAAUCGAAGUUCUGCCUCGAGAUAUAUUUUCAGACAUGCCUAAAUUAGAAGAUGUGUAUUUGGAUAACAACGCAAUGAAAACAAUGCCCAUGGAUACUUGGUCACCUGUGUGGAAGCAAUUAGAUAUUGUCUUCGUGACAGGCAAUCCUUUAGUGUGUGAUUCGGCAAUAAAAUGGAUAUUUCAAAUAGAGAAAAAUCAUACUCUAGAAGGAUCUUGCGAUAGUCCUCCAAAUCUUCGUCAUAAAUAUUUGAGCUUAUUAACAAUAAAUGAUUUUGAAUAAUUUGAAUAUUAAUGAUCAGAAAAUCAUUUUAUGAUUUUUC